GAAUCGGGUGUUUUCGGGUAAUGGAUGCAGUUGUCAAAAAAUCCCGUGAAUGGGAGAAAAAAUGUGAGAUUUUAUUGAGCAUUUUGUGUGAGAAAAGUAGAAUUUAUCGUUUGUGAUUUAGUGUAAAUAGCCAGACAGGACAAUGAUCCAUCUGACAUCGCAGAAUCUGUCCACCAGGGAGAUGGUGCAGAGUGUUUUUUCGCCCCUUAUCGGGGCCACUUGCAGUCCACAGGCUGAAGAGAUGUGUCAGAAAAACAAUUUAACUUUCGUUGAGAUGCUCCAGCCCUUCAGUCGUUUGACCACAGAUGCCUCCUUUAGGGAUUCCUCGGGUACGAGUGUCUCCCUCAAGGGCACUCGCCUCAAUAUCUGUGAUGUAGCAUGGAGACCACCACAAACGGUGCUGGCACGGAAGAUGCUCAAUGAUUCUGUGCUUACGAGUCAGUGUGACAAGACACGGGCUGUUCAUGUGGAUGGUGAGUCCUUCAGAGAUGAUCCUGGUAAGUGUUUGUUAUUGUAUUUAUCUUGUGUUUCAGACACCACAACUCUCGACAUUCCAUUUUCUGAACCAUGGUACGAACAGUGGCGAGAAACAUUCCUCACUGUCCAAUUUCCAGCAGAUCAUGAGUUCACGCGGCAUUUUCUCAGCUGUCUCAUUGUCCUGUCCAGCUCUGAUCCCAAUCCUCUAGACAGUGCCAAUCAGCUGACACGUAAAGUGCAGAUGAUGCAGAAUGUCACUCCACCAAAGUUGCCCAAGUGGUUUAGUCCAGAUCCCCUUAAUGCUUACAUUAUGCUCCAUGAUGGCUGUUCGGGGGACAUCACAAAGGCUCAGCAGGCCUUUGAGAGUCUCAAGAUGACUUAUGGGGAGAAUAAGUGUUUCCUGGUGCAGAUUAAUUCGUUCCAAGGAACACCUGGGGAGUGUCCGGAUCCGUGGUUGAGGUAUUUGAAGCGUCAUGCACGGCCGGAUCCCAGUCAAGUGGACAAUGACAGCAGUACUCCCAAGUCCCCUCAGGACAGUGGAGUGUCCAUGACCAUGACAAUGCAAAUGAGCACCCUGGAAACACCUCCGUCGGGAAUUAUGGGUGAAGUUGUUCAUCAUCCACUGAGUCCCCUCCAGGAAACUGGUGGGGAUAUCUCAGCAAUGUCCACCAGUACCGAAAGUCUCACUUCCCAGCCCAUUAAUCCCAAUGUCUGGGCCAAUGAGGAGCAUGUGGAUGUACCCCAUGGGAUGUGCCUAACAGCCAGUGAUAUGGAGAAUCUGAGGCAUUUGAUACAGGAUUACACUCUCAGAGCCCUCAUUCCGUACAUUGAGAAACUCAUCUACGCCCUCAAUGAGUCAAUAACCACAAAGAAAGGCGUCAGCCGAUCCCUCCUGACAGCCACAAAACGAUGGUUCGUCACCAAUAAACCAGGCACAGUCAAUUCCACGCAAAAUGCCGUAGUUUACACAAAUGAGUCCACAGAGCUGCAAACGCGGAAAAUUGGAGAUCUUUACUUCAUGUUUGGUCACUACGGAUCGGCAUUUCAGGCCUACCAUCAGGCCAAGAGGGACUUCAAUGCCGAUUCCGCCUGGCAAUAUUACGCUGGGGCCCUGGAAAUGGCAGCCCUGGCGGCUUUUAUGCAAGGAACUGCCAGCCGGAAGACCUAUGAUUACAUGGAGGAAGCCAUUGUGACAUACUUGAACAUCUGCAAACUACCCCAAUUCGCCACAAGGGCCACAAUCCUGAGUGUGGAGUGUCUGAAGGUGGGAAAGAUGUUUGGGGAGGCGGCAAAGCAACUUAUCCGGAUGACCAGUGAGGAUUCGGAUUUGCGGUCUGGGCUUCUGCUGGAACAAGCUGCUUAUGCUUUCCUGAGCUCACAGCCACCAUUGUUCCGGAAAUAUGCAUUCCACGCAGUUCUGGCUGGUCACAGAUACUCAAAAGCCGGUCAACGAAAGCAUGCCUUUCGGUGCUACAAACAGGCUCACCAGGUAUUUGAGAAUCGAGGCUGGAGUCUAGCUGAAGAUCACAUUCAGUACACCAUUGGGAGACAAGCGAUAUCACUGAAAAAGCCCGAGGAAGCUAGUAUUCCUCUUUCCCAUCUCCUUCGUCCGUCCAGUCUGCAGACGUCCCUGCAGCAGGCUGUCUUCCUCAGGGAAUACAUCCAGACGCACAGGGCAUUGCAGAGUGGUCAGGAAAAUGGGAAUUUGCUUAGUAUCUCACUGCCACGGAUUGUGCAGGAGAGAACGAGAGUUCUGGUGACAUCUCAACCUCCUGUGACAAUUCCCAAUAUGAUUCCAGCUUCGAAUCUCACGAUCAAUUCGAGGCUGGACUGUGAAGGGAUUUGGCAGAAGAUGGAAGAGAUGGCAGCUCAGAUGGCUGCUAAGAAGCAAAUAAUGAUUUUUAGGCCAUCGAGGAGUCUGUUUACUCAUGAAACGGACAAUUCGAUGCAUCCUCUGGCCAUUCAUGGGGAACCAAUUGAUAUCAGUGUGACGUUGGAGAAUACCAUUAAGAUUCCAAUUGUGUUCAGUGAUAUCCAUUUGCUGUGGCGCUUCCGGAGGGCUGAUAGUGGUGAGGAGAUGUCCAAUGCGCAUUUGUUUAGGGGUUUGAUUGAUGGGGAGGGGAAUCAGAGGGGAAUGGAAGGUGUUAUUGCGGCUAAUGUCAUCAAUACGGUCACAAUCAAUGAGCACGAAUACAAGACAAUUCUGUUCCGGAUAACGCCCAAGGUGACGGGAAUGGUUCAGGUGACUGGGAUUAUAGGGCAAUUGUCAGCAGUGACUGAUCCUGUUAGUCUCUGGGGAAAGAUGGAUUUUGAGAGGAUAGCUAUAAAAUCCAGAGAUCCUCCGGCAAAUGACAGACCAAUUGAAUUUGAUAAGCGUCUGGACAUUGAAGUUCUCGAACCGGCUCCGGCACUCUGUGUCAGCUUCGAGGAGAUGCCACAGGAUGUACUGGCGGGCGAAGUGAUUCCCAUCACUGUCCAGAUGACCAAUUGUGGUGCCACAGUUCUGGAGGAUAUUUUCAUGGCUGUUGAGGCACCCAGGUGGUUCCUGGUGAGUCCGGAGGAGGCAGAACUUCCUCUGUCGGUUCUCCGGAAUUUCCGGGAUUUGUCCAAUGAGAACCUGAGCCGAGAUCGAGAAGCCAGGAAGCAGCAUGUUUUCCGGAUUGACGGGAAGGCACUUCAGCCAAGUGAAACCCGGAGUAGGACCUUCUGGAUUCAGAUUCCGUACAAGAAGGGUGCUGUGGACCUCAAGGGUUUGAUCUACUACAAUAUGCCUCCGGAAUAUUCCAAACUCAAAUAUCGCGUCAUCCGUCAUGUCUGGAAUUUCAAUGUCAAUGAAUCCUUGCUCAUGGAAGCCAAUUGCAAUGUGACAAGUGGAAAAGUGAAGGAAUUGGGGAUUGAUAUUUCCCUGAAAAACCUCAAUCAAGUGCAUCAUCCAGUCAUGACGGAGAUAACCCCGCAUGAUAUUCAUCUCUACAGCCCGGAGAGUCAGUUGAAUCCCAAGAAAAUCGUUUGGGCAGAGAGUCCUGGCUAUAGAAAUCUAAUCAGUGGAAGUUCUGGCCUAAAAUCUUCUGAUUUAGUGGCUUUCCGGUGCUCCUUGGACAGCCAUCAGCCAGCAAUUGGUGAGAAUCACACUCCAGAGAGAUUUAUCACAGCUCAGCUGUCGAGAGUCCCAAUCAAGGUGUCAGAUGCUCAGGAAAUGAAAAGACUGCCAGCGAUGCAGAAAGUUGGGAGUUUCCUGAUGAAGGAGGAGACCAAGUAUAUCAAAGUUCUGGGCAGCAGUGGAACCAGCGAAGAGUUCAAUCAAAUUGUCUCAAGUGCAGACAAACACAUGACGCUUGCAGUGACUUGGAGUGCCCAGAUCAGUGACAAUGGGGCCAAUAGAAGAACAGCGGCAGGUCAGCAUUUUGUUCAGCUUAGGCAUCUCUAUGAGAGUGGAUUCUGCCCACCUCACGAUAGACUCCGCAAAACAUCAUUCACUAGUCACGAAGAAAUUUGUAGUAUAUUCGAUUUUCCUCGAGAAGAUCCCAAUCUUCCGGUAGAUGAUCAUCAGAGUGUCAACGUGGCACGCAGGACAUUUCUCGAUACCGACUUUAAAAUUGUAGAUCUACUAGAUGAAUUGAAUGCUGAUAAAACCAAUUGACAUUAAUAUCAAUCAAAUUUGUUCAUUUUACAAAAUAGUGGCAAAUUAUCAUGAAGGAAAUGUUAAAAAGUCGUUAUAAAUUAUUUUAUAGAAAGCGAAUUUUGGA